AUGUCCACGGAUCCGCCUGCGGCGGCUAUGCCCGCCCAAGAGGGCGUGGGCAUGACCAUCGACCCGGGCACCAAAGAGCCAGCCCGACGUGCAUCUACCACCUCUCGUCGGUCGCGUCGCAAGAAGGACGACGAUCCCGAUUCGGCCAAACCUGCCCCCAAGAAGGAAAAAGAAAAAGACAAGGACACGAAAGAAAAACCGGCCCGGGCUCCUCGUCGACCUCGGGAAAAAUCUACCACCACUGCUGCGUCGCGCAAGAAGCCCAAGCUGGAGGGUGACGACACCUCGGGGGCCGCUGCACCGGCAGCACCGGCAGCACCAGCCGACCCUCCAACAGGACCGACGGCUCCCCAACCAGCUCCCUCGCCGUAUACACAGACUUCGCGUCCUCCCUCGGCAACCCCUGUGGCUACCUAUCCUCCCUUGAAUCAAUCGCUUCCACCGCCGCGUCCUCAGUCCCAACCUCCCCCGCCGAACCCGCAACGGACCAGUGGACAAAACUUCGAUCCCAUCCGGUCAGCGUUUGGCAAUACGUCGCCUGCACCGGUCUAUAGUCCUCCUCGCAUCGUCUCGCCGCGUAAUGCCUACCGCGCAAGUGCAUCGCCAGCCAUAUCUAGCAUCAUUGACCCGCCUACCCAAAACGCGCAACCGCUAUAUCCACAACUCCCGCGCUCCUCCUCCGGCCAUGUGUCCGCUGUCUCUUCACCGGCGCCGCACCCGGUGGCACAUACUCCGACGCACCCUUCAUUAGCCCCUUCACCUCUCCUGGCCUCAUCUCCUCCCUAUGGGGCCGCGCACACGCCCCAACAACCACCGCCAUCGAACCACUUUUCCCCAUACGCUCCCUCUGAGCAGCGCCCGCUGCAAUCACAACCUCCUCAGCUCCAGCUGUCGCCGCCAGUGGUUCCACCGCCUCAACCGCAGACCCAGUCCCAGCCGCAACAGCCAGCCAAUGCUACCCCAUCACGACCACCACAGCCGUCCGAUGCAAUGGAGGUGGACUCGAAAGAAGGGAUUGCUGCAGUUAACAAGCCGUCGGGCAAGAAAGAAAAAGGAAGCACCACCGCUCCGUCGUCCAACGCGCCAUCCCCGAAAGCGGCCAAGGCAGCUAAGGAAGCACCACCCCUUCCACAAGGAUCUGGUCUAAUUACCAACGCGCUAUUUGGUGGAGACGAUUCGUCGAACUCGUCUGAUUCACGCACAACGCCAAACAUCAUUGUGCACAUUCCGCUGCACAAGGGGAACCAGAUCGUCAACUUUGCGCGACUAGCCGAAGAACGAUACGGUUUUGCAGCCCUGCACCCUCGCUUGGCUGCUCAUAAACAGCGAUUGGCCCGCAUAGCGGCUGCUGGGGCCGCAUUGGAGAAGAAUGAGAAGGGCGCCAAGGGAAUUUCAGCAGGAGAGAGUGCAGAUGAGGAUUUGAGUGUCGAUCGUGACAGUGACCUAGAUGGCGAUGUUUCUAUGGGUGGCACAGGAACUGGAACGAACGGCGCUCCUUCGGAGGCAGGUGAUGGAACGAAGAAAAGACGGCGCAAGAAGGUCGAAGAAUAUGACCGGGAUGACCCAUUUGUUGACGACAGUGAGAUGGCCUGGCAGGAGACUGCUGCCGCCAGCAAGGACGGUUUCUUUGUCUACAGUGGUCCGCUGGUGCAGGAAGGAGAAAAGGUUCAAGUGGAACGAGCCGACGGGACUAUCAAGCGCGGUCGUGGUCGUGGACGAGGAACAGGGCGAGCUCGCACUCUCACUUCUAACCAACAUGUACCCAUUGCGGCUGCUGUGCCCAUCUCCCAGGAUACAGGUCUGCCUCUGCGCGGCCCUGGAUCACGCGGAGGUACCUCGCGCCGUCCACGUACUACUAAGAAAGCAGACCAUGACAAGGACAAGGAGAAGGAGAAGGACAAAGACAAGGACAAGCAGGGUGGUGACCGCAACGGUUCCACUGCCUCAGCAUCCCACGAGGGUCGCGGCGGACGAGCCGGCGGCACUGCCGGUGGUUCUGGGCGCGGCGGCAGCACAGCCAGCGGUCGUGGUGGAAAGUCCACGAACAAUUCAGCGCCUGCGCCCUCCUCAAUGAUGACCAUGAUGGACCUGGCGCCUGCUCCAGGACCGACCCCGUCAUCCAACUCCGCCCUCUCUCUUGGUCCUAGUCCUGGUCCUACCCCUGCCCCUGCCUCUGCCCCUGCGCAUGCGCAUGCCCCUGCUCCUACUCCUACUCCUGCCCCUGCUCCUACCCCUGCUCCUGUCCCUGCACAUGCCCCUGCGCACCCUGGACCCAGUCCGUUAGCUGGCCCGCAGCUGAUAAUGAAAUAG